AUGCAGAAGUGGCGCAGGAGGGCGUACAGUAGCUACCUGUGACGAGACGAGGCUCGCGCCGCGGGCACGCACUGCACAGCACAGCGACUAUCACAGCUGAGUUCAUUCCGCGCCUCUGCUCUUUCUCACGGUACUUGGCUUUACAGUAACUACUAGCCGAUUUUCCUUCGUUUUUGGACGGUUUGUGACGAAAGCCAUUUCAAGUGAACUGCUUGAGGGAAGGACAGCUGUUUUACUUUUUAGUGAAGAAGAAUAAAACAACAGCAUUUGUGCACACCAGAGGAAAGAGUCUUAAGAGACGGCCUGAGUGACUUCCUGCUCCCUUAAGAGGGGGGGUGAGCGGCGGUCUUGUGGUACUCUCUCACCCCUCCUAGUCAGACUGAAGAUGAUGACCCAUAGUGCAUGGCUGCUGUUCCUGCUGUUGCUGUGUAUUGUGUCCACUCUGUGGGGUUACCCCUUCAGACCCCCGCUAGACCUGGAUGUGACCCCCAGAACUACGGUCUUCUCCAACGGGCUGUUGGGCUGCAGGCGCUUCAGAGGCUUGACUCUGAACUACAGUUUAUUGCUUCUGGAGGAGGAGGCAGGCGUGCUGUACGUGGGAGCUAGAGGGGCUUUAUAUGCCCUGCAGGCUAGUGACAUCUCCAGCAGCUCUCCGCAGACCAUUGACUGGGAGGCAUCAGACGAUCAGAAGCAACAAUGCUUGAACAAAGGGAAAGAUAACAAGACGGAGUGUUACAACUACAUACGAUUCCUGCAGAGGUUCAACAGCACACACUUGUACACUUGUGGUACACAUGCUUUCAGCCCUCUAUGUGCAUACAUUGAUGCGAGGGAGUUUAAAAUCUCAUCAGCCUUCGAAGAGGGUCGAGAGAAAUGUCCAUAUGACCCUACCAAAGGCUACACUGGCCUGCUAAUUGAUCAGCAGAUGUACACAGCAUCUCAGUAUGAGUUCCGGAGCUUUCCAGAUAUCCGACGCAACUCUCCGAAUCCCACAUUAAAAACAGAAGAGGCUCCAACUCAAUGGCUACAGGAAGCUGAUUUUGUGGGCUCAGCGCUGGUGAAGGAGAGCGUGAACAGCUCAGUGGGAGACGACGAUAAGAUUUACUUCUUCUUCACCGAGAAGAGCCAAGAGCUCAGUCCAUACUUCAGUCACAGCAGAGUAGCACGGGUCGCACGUGUGUGUAAGAGAGACAGAGGAGGUCUUCUCACGCUACAGAAGAAGUGGACCUCCUUCCUGAAGGCACGUCUGGCGUGUUCUUUACCGGACUAUGAAUUUCACUUCAACGUGUUGCGGAGUGUGUUUUUUCUGGAGGGCUCCAGCUCUCAGGACUCUGUUUUCUACGGCAUCUUUGGCCUGGAAUGGAAAAAUGUAAAAGCAUCUGCUAUCUGCCAGUACUCCAUUUCGGAUAUCCAAUGGGCCUUUGAGGGGCCUUACAUGGAGAGCAAAGAAGACUCCAUCUCCAAAUGGACAGAGUACACAGGGAAGGUGCCAGAACCUCGACCCGGCUCGUGCAUCACAGAUCAACUUAGAGCAAGAGGCAUCAACUCAUCCACCAACCUGCCAGAUGACGUACUUCAUUUUGUCCGUCGCCAUCCGCUCAUGUACAGGCAGAUCCUUCCUCAAGGACAACGCCCCCUGCUGUUUAGGAGGAAUGUGGACUACACUAAAAUUGUCGUACACAGAGUGACUGGUCUAGAUGGUCAGAUGUACCACGUACUCUUCAUUGGGACAGAUGAAGGUUGGCUACAGCGGGCUGUAAAGGUUAAUGGUCAGCUGCACAUCAUUGAGGAGCUGCAGCUGUUUGAGGAGCCCCAGCCAGUGGACAGUAUAGUCAUCUCUGAGAAACAGAUGAGUGUGUAUGUGGGCUCGGCCAGCUCAGUGGUGCAAUUGCCCUUGUCCACAUGCAGCAGAUACUCCUCGUGCUUCGACUGCGUGAUGGCACGUGAUCCCUUCUGUGCCUGGGAUGGACUGGAGUGUGUGGACAUUACAUCACACAACAGCAGAGCUAAUCUGACACAGGAUAUUCUGAAUGGAAACAAGGGCUGUGAGGAAACCAUAGCAGAUGAUCAAGUGUUACACCGCUCACGCUCUGUGAUGGCGGGCGAUGACGUGCUGCUUCAGUGUGAGCUCAGCUCCAAUCUGGCAACCCCCGAGUGGACAGUGAAUGGAAAGAAACUGCAGGGUUACGGACUGGACUCUGGCUACCGCGUCGGCACUGAUGGUCUCCUAGUCAUCGAAGCACGGUCUUAUCAGAGUGGCCACUACUGCUGUUUCGCCCUGGAAAAUGGUGUCCAUGUUCCUGUGGUGAUCUACAGCUUGACAGUUCGCCAGGAGCUUCCUGCACCUCCUCCUGUGGAGCCAACGCAGCCACGCUUGACCACAGCAAUCUACUGGACCUUUCAGACUUCCCAAAGUGACUCCCCGGAGGACUUCCAUCCAACCCCAAUGUCUCCUCGCUUCGAGUUCCUGUCCGUGAGGAACAUGGAGGCCAUGUACCUAUCGCUAAUCACAAUCCUAGGAGGCCUUUGUUUUGUUCUAACAGUCGUCCUUCUUUACGUGGGAUUCUGUUUGCAAGGGCGAAGAGGUAAAUACUCUUUGCGGGCCGAAAGGAAGCGAGGUGCCCACAUGGAGCUCAAGACCAUCUCCAGCCACUGCAACGGGAAAGCCGACGCUCAUGAUGGCCUGCUGCAGAUUGUUCCCGGAGAAGCAGCAACAUCACCCAACAAAGAGCUUCCUCCUGCUCCACCUCUCCCACCGCCUCCAGAUUCAGAGUACGUCAACGGACUCUCUGCCACCUUACCAAGCGUCUUACGCAAGAUGAAUGGCAACAGCUACGUGUUACUGAGACAGACAGAUGGAGAUACCACGUCUCCGCUCUAUUACUCCUUCACGGAGGAGCUCAACAGGAUCCUAGAGAAGAGGAAGCACACACAACUGUGUAGUAAACCUGAUGAGAGCUCGGUGUGAACCUUACCUACCCUGUGGAGAUGUUUUUCAAUUGCUGGUGUACUCUAAAAGUGUUCAAGGGCAGUAUCAUUGUCUAAUAUCCCCUUUUCACCCAGACUAACUUUAAUGGGAUGCUAAUAAGUAGCCGCAACAGCAGCUUUUAUUGGAAAAUAAACAAAACAUUGGUGUUCCUCUAAAAGGACAAACUGCCUGUCCGUUUACAUUUCAAAUGUAGAACUUUUGACUCUCAACAGACUGAGGAAUGCCCACUGGUUACAAAAUAGCAAAGAACGAACACAUGGAAAUUCUACCUCAGCAAAUUAUAUCACACAGCUCUUGGCUUAUUUCAGCGUGCUUGUGUUAAAAUUCGGGUUGGAUUUGGGGAUGUAUAGUUAGGGACACGCAGCAAGGGAAUCUUCAAAGCAAACGAGCCCAUCUGGGAGAAUGAUUCCGUUACAAACUGGUUGGAAGAGACGUUUACAAGGCAGCAUUGUAAAAAAGCUACAAGAUGAACUGAGAUGGAGGUUUGCGCUUGGACGGAGCAAGUCGUGUGAAAACUCUAGUGCUGUCAAGCACUGAAUGUCUUUGCAUAUGUCCUUUAUUUUAAUAUUUUCUAAUUUAUGCCAACACUGACCAUAUCAGUAACAGCUUGUAAUACUAAUCAUAAUUAAGAACAGCAGGGAUAUCAGACUUUAAAUACAAUGAGAAAUGCACUUGAUGGUACUAAUUGUGUAAAUAAGGCUUUUAUUAAUAGUUCACAGGGGUGGGAACUUGGGAAGAUGACAGUAUUAACCACUGAGAUGCACUUUAUGGACCGGUAGCAUUUGUUUUUUUCCAUGAGGUGCUGCUAAUUCUGACAGAUCUGGAGAGUAUGGAAUGGAUUACAAGGACGGGAAGAUUGCGAAUGAUUACGAAAGUGACAAUACAAUAAAACUGUGUUGUACUCUGAAUUGAAAAUGCUGCGAAAGGGAAGACUACAGUGUGUGGACAGAAUGAGUACCUGUAUAACCCUGAGAAAUGGACCACUAAACACACUAAGUCGGGAUCUGUAUGUUUCUUGCUUAUGCACAAGAACUGACAUGAUUCCUCAUUGGAUUCCUUCAUCAGAAUUCCAGAGCCAUUGGCUGCUAGGUUUCAAGGGCAACCACAAAGCAGAGGUAAAGCUGAUGCUGACCUUUUUAGAUUAUCCUUUUGACAUGACCAAUUAUUACAGCACCGCUUACAGUCAGGUCUCACAGUCUUAACAGGGAUUAGCGAAUUAGCUGAUCGUCAUGAAAUUGGGUUUCUGCUGCCAGUAAAUAAACUAAAUUCAAUUCUAGUCGGGACAUGAUGAACAAUGAGUAUUGUAACAUGGUGAUAUUGGGGGGUUUAAUUAUCCUUUCUCUUCCAGUAAGUCCAUUAAACUGUUGUGUAAAUAUUCGUCCUGGAACUGGUCCAGCUUCAGCUGCCCACACUUGCGUGCAAGAGCGUUUUGGCGUAUCUCCCACUACUUAAGGAGAGCGUAGCACCUGGUUCUGUCUGUUUAGAUCAGAAUAUGCAGAUUGCAGUGGAGCCGAGUGGAGAACAUUAAGGCCACAUGUUCAGAACAGGGUUAAGAUGAGCACUGCUGAUAGUGAAGUUUGCUUUCUCCCUUAUACUUUGUGUUCAGUUUUUUGUCUUGUUGAAUGAUUCUGUUUUGUUUAGUAAAGUUGGACUUUUUUUUCACUUUCUUUUUUAUUUUAAAGUGCUUUGUUUAGGGCAUAAGGUACCCAAAAUUAAAACAAUAUCAUUAUUUAAUUAUUAGCUUACCUUCAUGUCCUGUGUACAGUAUGUUGUUAGGCUGUGUGUCCACCAAAGCGUCCAGCAGCUAGCCUACUUUUCCAGUUGUUUUCAAUGGGAGCGCCGCAUUUUUAAAAUGCCAGGAGCGUGGACGUUUUUUACCGGUCGCUUUGAGUUGAAGAAUGUUCAACUUUGAGUAAAACGCUGCGCUCAUCACUGUCACUUUUUAGCCAGCUGUCCAAUCAGAGUGGAGAAGGGGCGGGACAAGUACAACAAGUACAACUAAAGCCCAAAGUAUACUUCACUUUUUACGUGUACGCGAGGGUCAGCAUACAGCGCGCGUGACACGAAUUUCGUCAUCAGAAGAGUAUGUGCAUACUGUAUGCGCACCGCCGGAUUUUUGUAACCGGGUCGCACAUGCGCAUUUAAUUUUUUUUUUUUUUGCAGUAAUUAGUUUAUCCACAAGGUGGCAACCGUGCCCUGGGAGCGUCAAUUCACAAGGUGGUCAAAGAAGAACUUCAUAAACAGAACUGACCGAACGCAUGCAAGCAACAGCGACAAUGGAGGCCUACAUAGAUGAGAGAUUGUGCGAAGAGGUUAGAAAGUACCCUCAUUUGUACGAUUCUAGCAUGAAAGAAUACAAAGCUGUUUACAUGGGUUGUAACUCAUGGUGAAAGAUUGCUCAAAACUGCGCAUGCGUCGAAUGCCUGUGUACGAGUCAAAUUAAGUAAACUUUCCAAGGCUGUGCGUUCGACUGUGCAUGUACACUAGCGUACGCGUAAAAAAACUAAGUAUACCCAGGGCUGCAGCGCUAUCAAGCUGGCCUUACUUUUUCAUGGGACACAAAAGAAGACAUUUUGACAAUAUUUUCCCUCACUUAUUUCCAUACAAUGACAGUUCACAGUGACCAAAAAGGAUAGACUAAAAUAAAAAAUACAGUAAAUAUUUCAAAUCUUCUGAAGCCAGAUUCGAAAUGUAUCACAUUUGAUGCUAAAAUGACAUUGUUUCUCUUUUAGAUCAAAAUAUUCUCAUUUUAAAGCAAUGAGAAAUGCACUUGAUUAAUGGUUAGUGACUUCAAAUGCGAAUAUAGCACACAAGACGUGCACCACUUUUAUGAUACCUUUAUGGUGCUUUGUGAUUUUUGGAGCUUGACAGAUUAUGUUUCCUGCCAUUAAUAUUUCAUUUUUUACUCAAUCACCUCUCCCUCUCUGAAUUCCCCACAAUUUCCAUUUGACAAAUAGCAUUCAUGUCCAUGCAUACACCUCCAUCAUAGUCUCUAAUGAGAGCAGAAUAGAUCUGCAUCCACAUCUGACCUCCACUCUCCCAGAGGGUCACAAGCUGUGAUUAGAUGCUUGUCGUCAUGCAGCUCAUAUGGUCUGUGCUUGCAAUGUUUACAUCCUGUGAGACUUAUAUUCCUGCGAGAGAGGCACUCCUGCAGAAUCUUUAAACAUGCCAGGACAGGUUUGUGGAUGAGAAAUAUCUUGACUACAGCCCGCAUUCAAAGUGAAUUUAAAGUGCACUAGAGAGAGAACGAGAUUGACAGAGAAAGAUCAAAAGAGAGUCUGGAGAUUGCAUUGAAAUAGAUUGGGAAAUGGUCAUUAAGCCCUUUUAUCCUCAUUUAGGGCAACUACACAAAGCACUCAGCAGUGCUCAUUUCUGCUUCCAGAUUCAAAACUGGCAUGUUAAUGUUGCUAAAAUGCCAUUGGCUCUCCUGGGUGUAGUAACUGAACAAGACGUGCUACUUUUGAAUUCUAGACAUGAGCAAUUUUGGUCUGUUCAUCGCAUAUUGCAUGGUUUGAAGAGUUGAUAAGAGUCAUAUCAACCACUUUUAUGGUGAUUUUGUUUUGUCUUUUUUUCAUUAUAUACUGUUGUUUAAUGGCAAGAGCUACAUAAUAAUUCCAACUUUAGCAAAUAAUAGCAGCAUACAUGUUUGGAAUGACACAAAAAGAGAGUAAAUAAUAACCAAAUUCUUGUUUCUGGGUAAAAUCAAAGUCCCUUUAAGACAAGUCAUUUCACUCGGCAGCCAUCUUUGAAAUGUCUCUCGGGCAUUCAAAUACAGCUCCUAUCUCUUUGAAUGGGGAAAAAUCAAAUUCUCCAAAGCUGUUUGCCAAGCUUUCGAUUAAAUUUUUAUAUUUGAAAUCACCAAUAAAAUCUGACAACAACUGUCUCAUAAAUUUUGUUUCUAAAUGCUCGAAUCAUGACAAAAAAACCCGGUAUUUUUCAGGCUAGAUCAAGCUAAUGCGCAUGCGCAGUCCUAAAUGCGCGUCUCGCGUCUCAUUUUGGAGGCGCACAUAUAUGACUGUUUCUAACGGCCGCUGCAGUGACGCGAUGACUUUACCAAUCGGCGAUUGGCUCUUAUUUAGAAGGCGGGACUUAUUCCAUUUAUUUCCACUUAUUAGUGCAUACACUUUCUCCCAUUCAAAACAAUAACAGUGACGCGUCUUGUGUUAUUCUGUAGUCUUUGGUAAAAUAUCCCUUUACACAAAACAGAACCUUUAGGCUCUUAAACAUUUUGGGUUUAUUUUUUUGACAGAUGUCAAGAGAGCAGGACCAGCUUCUGUUUGAUGCACAGUCCCAAGAAGUGAAAUGAAUGGAACAAGACAACAAGAAAAUAUGACAUUAUCAGACAUUUCAGUCCUUACAAAACAAUAGAUCUCUUUGCCGUGUAAUCCAUAAAGCAUAAUGGAGUCACCGCUGAGGUAUAUGGGAGAAUUAUUGAUCGAGUAUAUUACAUUGUUUUGUUGCUGUACCAUUUUAGCCAUUUUCAAUAUGAACUAAAUACUUAGUAAAUAAUUAAUAAGGUUUAUGCCCUGUAUAGAUGACCAGAAAAGACUUAUAUUGAGUUUAAUUUGUCCCUUUUCAGUCAUACAUACUUUAUUCCAGUACAUACAGUAUAAUUGAAAAAUGUGUCAAUGGAAAUAUUUAUUUUAUAGCUUUGUACUGUUUUGUGUAUAUUUAUUUUAUUAAUGUUUCAAACUGGGAUUUUCUAAAUUGUGAUUGGUUAAUGGUGCAUGGCUAUGCAUUUUUGCAAACAUUUACAAUUUUUGAAAAACUAUAAUAGAUAUAAUAAUAUAGAUGAUGCUGAUGAUAAUAAUAAUAAUAUAAAUGAAAUACCCUAAAAAUUCUAAUAAAGCAUGUUAAAAUUCCUAUUAUUACAGUAUUUUCCAAAAUUGUAAAAAUUGUUUCCAGUUGUAUAUGUGCUAAAAUGUUACAUUCCAACUAAGAUUGUAUGCUUCCUAUUUCUUGUGUUCAGAAAAUAUAGUUAAAUCUCCUGCAGAGCAGACCAUGUCUCCGAGUCACUUCAGUACACAGUUGUAUGCCUCUUCAGUCGUGGGUAGGUUUGUGUGGGCUGCCUCUGGAACUGCAUUUAAUGAAGCUGGUUAGACCUAUGCCUGUCACCAUGGUGAAAAGACCAUAGAAUUAUUAUGGAUUUGCUUAGUGUUUAAUUCUUUACUGCUCUCUCCGUGCAAGAAACAUUCUCGACUAUCUUGCCGUUUGUUCAGACAGUCAAAGCCCAAGGUAUACAUUUAAUGUGUGUAUCUUUCCUUUUGUCCAAGGGCAAGGUGUUAUGUUUUGUGUUUAAUUAACAGUAAUCCUACAGGGACAUGCUUGGGGAGGAGGCUGAGAAGUGUGAAUCCAUUAUGUUCAACAUUGGAAACUUGUAAGUCUGACAUUUGAUUUGUUUACAUAGUAAAUUCUUUUAAUAAACAGUAUUAAAGUUUC